AUGUCGGAGUUCGGCCUGGAGGAGAAGGUUGGCAUGGCUGCGGGGGCGCUGCCAGCCGCAUGGCGGCCCAGUAGGUUGCGGGCUCAGGAGAUACUGGCCCUUGGAGCUUCGGCAGCGAGGCGCGCGGCGCGACUCAGGCGCCAGCAUGCCUGCGAGGCUGCCCUCCGCAAGUUCCAAGCGGACGGCCUGGUGGCGCCGGGCUCAUGGCGCGACCGCGAGAUCGCGGCGAGACCUGCGCUGAUGCUGCUCGCCGAGGGCCUGCCAGUUCCAGGCGGCCAACGCCGCCGGCGGAACGCUGCGUGGCAUGCGGCUCGCGUGCCAGCGAGGGGCUUCGCGCGCGCGUCCCCCGAGGACUUGGCCUGGGAUGCCGCGGGGCCCAGACUGGAAUGCCAGUUCGUGAAGACAGGCGGCAUCGUGGACGUGCCGUUCGAGUGCGUGCCGUGCCCUCCUGAGAGCGGGCACGCCGUGCAGUGCCUCGCGGAGGCGACGCCGGUGCUGGCGCCAGGAGCUUGGCUGCGGAGCGACCCCAUCGGCGAGGCAGACGAGCCGCAGAUUGAGCCCGACAAGCCCCCCGACGGCGACAGCGGCAGCCUCGAGGGACCGCAGGCCGACGCGGAGGUCAUCCAGGGCUUCGUGGAGGAGAGCUCCGAGUCCAUCGUGAAGCUGGACCUCGAGCGCCAGGACUCCGAGCAGAAGCUGAUCGAGUACUUGGAGUGGGUCGCCCUUUCCGCCGCGGCCCUGAAGCGGCUCUGCUCGAAGGGGCACGUGCUGGACAGGGACUCGAAUCCGUUCGACGACCCACUGCCCUGCGCCGCCUGCGGCAUCAUGAUUCCCGUAGAUGGCGCCAUCUACAUCUGCGAGGCGCUCCUCUGCGAGCGCUUCGACGGGCACCCCCACUGGCGCGGCCUCGCGGACGGCGAGGCCUACCAGGCCCUGCUCGAGCCCUCGGGCGAGGGCGCCCACGCGCGGCUGAUGGGAGGCGACGCCUGCGCCACCCACGACCUCGUCGCUGGGGGGCUCGCGGCCGAGGACAUCGCCCCGGUCCUCCCGGACUCGGGCCUGUUCCUCGCGGCCAGGCUGUGCCUGCUGACGCGCGAGUUCGGGACCCCGCACGGCUCCGCGCUGGUGCCCGUGGUGGACCUGUGCAACCACUCCUCCGAGCCCGGCGUGCACCAGCGCUGGGAUACUUGA